CGCCUGUGCGCGUCGUUCCCGUUCGUCCGUCAGAGAGAAGUUUGUUUUUGUUCUUUCCGAGACUCAUGGCGCGAUCUGCCGAAUGACAACAGUCAUGGAAGAGAGGACAGUGGACGACAAGUCGUCUCGGACUUCAAACCGUCUCUGGUAUUGCGUGGAGCGCUUGAAAACAGCUUCGGUACUGUUGUGGGUGCUGUGCUUGACUUCGUGGAUCAUGCUGUGCAUGUACCGGUACCGGAUGGUGCACGUGGAGGACAGAGUGUCGGCCCUCGAGGCCCGGUUCGACAUGCUCGGAAUGGGCCAAAAUCCAUCUUCAAUUAUGGAUCAUCAUGCUUACAUCAAAUCUGUUGUCAGACAGCAAAUGGGAUUUGAUCUCUUGAAGAGGCGGUACAAGCGAAACCUUCUGUCCACUGAUUGCAAAUGCCCUCCAGGUCGUCGAGGUAAGAGAGGAAUGAAAGGUGAACCAGGCGAGCCAGGCAUAACGGGUCCUAUAGGUCCUCCUGGUAAACCUGGAUUUCCUGGCGCAAUUGGAAUAGAUGGUCCAAAGGGAGAACCAGGUGAGAAAGGUGAAAAGGGUGAUAAGGGUGAAAGCGGAUUCGACUUAUUCACUACCACCAAAGGAGGGAAGAGAUCUAUAACAAGGCUGCACGGCGGAACCAUCGGUUAUGCUGAGGUUAUAGCCAUUAAGGGAGAGCCUGGAAGUCCUGGUCCGCCGGGUCCACCCGGACCUCCUGGACCGACGGGAUUACCCGGUUUCGACGGUAGAGUCGGACUGCCUGGUGAACCCGGACCUCCCGGAGAACCUGGAGCUCCCGGCACUCCUGGGCCAGUUGGUCCUAUGGGAAAAGAUGGACUUCCUGGACCAAAGGGUGAUAAAGGCGACCGAGGCUUCAUGGGGUCUCCUGGUCUUCCUGGGCGGCACGGAGACCAGGGUCCCCCGGGACUCCCCGGCCAGCCAGGUCUGAGGGGCGCUAAAGGAAAUGUUGGAAAGAAUGGAACGGACGGCAAACCAGGUCCACCUGGUGAAAAGGGCGAAAAAGGAGAAAGAGGACUGACAACGACGCUGGACGGAAACGCAUUUCCAACCGGAUUCAUCGAAGGUCCACCCGGGCCUCCUGGACCACCUGGGCCGGCAGGACCGCCAGGAAGAAAGGGCAAGCCGGGCAAAAAUGCUCCGCCCGGUCUUCCAGGGGCGGCUGGACCCAAAGGAGACAGAGGUGCAACUGGAGAAAAGGGAGAGAAAGGACAGAAGGGAGUCAUUGGUCUGCCAGGUUUGCAAGGUGAGAGAGGAUUUAUGGGGCCUCCUGGUCUCGAUGGAGUUGACGGGAAUCCAGGACCUCAAGGUGCGCCUGGCCUUCCAGGUGUCAUGGGGCCUAAAGGUGAAAAAGGAAAUAUGGGUGACUUGGGUCCUCCGGGAUUGAUGGGCCCUCCUGGUUUACCUGGUCCACCGGGCAAGCACGGGCUGCCGGGUGAGAAAGGUGAAAAAGGAGACGCGUCACCCAUCAAAUACAUCAAACAGGUGAGUCCGUAUUUACCAUCAGUGCAGGCUGACAGUCGGUACGGAGCCCUGGGAGGAGACGUGGUCAUGGGUCCUCCAGGCCCAGCUGGUCCACCGGGCCCUCAAGGAAUCCAGGGACCUCCAGGAAUUAAAGGCGAUAAAGGAAUGGAUGGUCAGAAAGGCGAACCGGGUGACAAAGGUGACAAGGGUGAUCCCGGUCCGAUGGGACUUCCGGGUCCUGUUGGUGUUCGAGGGGAUCCAGGCCCACCUGGAGCGGACGGGAAAAAUGGCGUUAUGGGACCCCCCGGAUUAGAUGGAAUGAAGGGCGAAAGAGGCGAGCCUGGAAAUAAAGGAGAGAAGGGAGAACCUGGACUUCCGGGGACAGACGGAAUUCCUGGUUUGCCGGGUCCCAAAGGAGACAAAGGUGAACUAGGACCUCCUGGGCCCCGAGGAAAACUUGGAAAGAGGGGUGAGAAGGGAGACAAAGGCGAUCAGGGCGUUCCUGGACUGGAUGCCCCGUGUCCGCUGGGCCCGGACGGACUGCCAUUACCAGGGUGUGGUUGGAGACCACCGAGCGGGGUUGUUAUAGCCCCUCCCACAAUACCUCCCCCGGCGGCGUAGCUAAUCGGCGCAUCUGGAUUCGGUCAAACACUGCCACAUAAAAGUUAAAGGAGUCGUCGCAGUGCAGGACACUGUUGUGUGUUAGGAUUAAACGUUUGUUAUAUAAAAAGCCGAUGGUUUGGGGCACGAUGGCGAACCAGCCGUCUCGAAUUGUUAGACAAUUUGUUCCAGUCGAUGGGUCGAUUAGAACUGUCCCUCCCACACACCCAUUCCCUCAAACAAAGAUUUUUUUUAAUAAAAAAAUGAGGCUGGGAGAGGAGGAAAUAGAAAACUAGCAGGAAAAAAAAACUGUGCACUUUAUGUCCUGGAAACAAAAAUUAAAAUGUACUCAUAGCUGACUCAAGGAGUUAAUGUUGUUUUGUAUAUCAAGUGAAAAAAAAAUGAAUGUUCCCCUUUUGCAAAUUUCGUGGUAGAGCGUGCUUGAGUGAUUCGUAUCAAUGUGAAAUCAGUUUAAUAAUUUGUAGUCUCAAGAAAGCUCGAAAUCAAGAAAUAGAAAUUUAAAAUCUCCAGAUGCGACAGGAAAUCUUUAUCACAAAAGUGCGAGAGGAAUUCAGCUGAGAGAAAGAAUUUUUUUCCAAGUUAUAUCCUACCACGUAUUAUUAAAAAACACAUUUUUAUUGUUUCAUUGAAUGUGCUCUGCUAUUGUAACACCGUACCGGACAGACUGAAAAAGUUUUGUCUUCUAUGGGUCCGUUUCGCAUUUCAAACAUCAUUUGAGUGCAGUCCAAUUAAAUAAAUAGGGUUUUUUUUAUUUAAUUCUGUUGCUGAAACAAAAACAAAAAAAAAAACGUUUUUUAUUUUUCAGAAAUUUGAAAGCAAUUUUAAUAAAAUUAAAUUAAAAUAAAUAAAAAAUUAUCAUUAGUAUAUGUUUCUUCUUCAUUGUUACAACUUUAAAACAUUAUCUUUUUAAUGGGUAUCAGGUUAGUUUUUAUUAUUAUUUUUUUUUUCAUAGCUAUUAAUCAUUUUCUGCCUUGAAAACUUAUUUUCGAACGACUUCAACAGACUCAAAUGAAAGCUUAACAGCAUCCUGAAAAUACAUACAAUUUGAGAUGAAUACCAAAAGAAAAAAUUUGCUAGGCAAAAAAUGAUCGAAUUUUCAUGCCCUAGCUCUAUCGGACUGCAUUUUUUUAUAACUGAAUAUUAUAUCGAUUUCCUGAUUGCAUCGUAAUCAUUUUUACUAAAGGAAAAUAAAUAAUUCGUGAGUAUUCAUUGGAAACUCUGGACAACAAAAAGUUUUUUUUAAGUUAAUUGUAAGGACAAAACAUUGUUCACGUCUAUAAUUCAGCUCAAGGAAUACGUUCGAUGUUGUCAUCGCUGCAAGCGGAAAACGGAAAAAGAUACAAAUUUUCCAGUCUCAUCACUGUGCAAGAACGGAUACUCAUUCUCAAAGAAAGCUGACAUUUCCUACCAAGAUUUGCAAACGAAGUUUCCCAGAGGCGUGACUUUCCAACAUUGAUUUUCUUCCAGACACAUUCUGCAUUAUUUAUGGCCUCCUAGUCACUCGACUACCCCUACACAUAACUAUAAAUGCUAAUACCACCCUUUCCUUUUUAUCUUCGCUCCGUUUUUUAAUCCACGGCAUUGAUCAGAAAGAGAUGCCAUGACGUCUUUGUUUGAAGGUCACGUGCUCUGCCGCUACGUCAUCAAAUCAUUUCUGAUGUAAAGUCAUGUAUGUCACUUAGGAAAUGGCUUGGCAAAAUCAGUUGUAACUAUUCCACGCGCUUCGCUUAGCCACCAGCUCUGCUUUUCAGCCAUUUCAUUUAUUUAUCUGGCCACUUAUGCGAAGUCUCCUACAAGAAAAGUAAAAACCACUGGUCAAACAGCGUCCGUUUAUAUUUGGAAAUCGCACCUCUAUAUCAAUUUAUAAAUUCAUUUCAAUUUAUUUUAUUUCAUUUCAAUUUAUAAAAUUUUAUUUCAUGAGAACAUUUAAAUUUCUGUCAUAGUUUCGAACUCUUACUUUUAAAAAAUGUUUAUUUUUACUAUCCAAAAUAUGUGCUUUGAAGUGGGCGGUGUUGCAAUUAUAAAAUACUGGGAAAAUAAUUUACAGAGGAAAAAUAAAAAUAUUAUUAAUAUACUUCUUCGAGUUUUCCGAUUUGCCUUUUGUUUUCCAAAAUUAUUGUUUAAAUAUCUAGAAAAUCAAAGGAUCUAUUAUUUAUUUAUUUAUUUAGAAAUGGUUGGAAACAUGCUGAAGCAAAUCCAUUGACAUCCAUUUUAUAAAACAAGCCUGAUAAUUAAAAAUAUCUGUGAUAUGUUGUGUCUUUGACACUACAUUGAAUUCGUAAUAGUGAAGGGAAAAAAAAGUGGACCGAUUCGUGUCAAGCUCUUUUUUACCACAUGCAUAAAUGGUAAUGAUUAUUCAUUUAAUUUUUUAUUGCCUCAUUUCUUCUAUUCUUUCAAUUCCUUAUUGUUUAUACUUUAAAAACUUUGUGAACUAUUUGUAAAUAAAUGUUUUCAAGAGAGGAGAAAGUGGCAAUCUAAUUUACUAUUUUCAAA